AUGGAUUCAAAAUUAUCAUUCCUCAUCCUUGGCCUAAUGGCCAUGGUUCUUUUUAUUUCCUCAGAGGUGUCAGCUAGGACAUUAACUGAGACUUCCACUAAUGCCAACAAAGAGGAGGUUGUUGAAAAGUCAGAUGAAGUAAAUGAUGCCAAGCAUUUUGGUUAUGGCGGCUAUGGCGGCGGCUAUGGUGGUAACGGAGGCUAUGGUGGCGGCUAUGGUGGUAACGGAGGCUAUGGUGGAGGCUAUGGUGGUUACCAUGGAGGCUAUGGUGGUUACCACGGUGGAUAUGGUGGAUACCAUGGUGGUGGUGGAGGUUACAAUGGUGGAUACGGUGGCUACCAUGGCGGCGGUGGUGGUUACAAUGGUGGAUACGGUGGAUACCAUGGUGGUGGAGGUGGUUACAAUGGUGGUUACCAUGGUGGUGGAUACGGUCAUGGAGGAGGCUAUGGUGGUGGUGGCGGUGGUGGAGGAGGUGGUGGAGGAGGCUAUGGUGGUGGUGGAGGCGGUGGUGGAGGAGGCUACGGUGGCGGUGGUGGUGGCGGUGGUGGUUACAUUGGUGGUGAGGUUGCCACAAAUGGUAACUAA